GUCGGAGGGAAAAACGCUAGCAUGCGAUGAAAUAACGUAACUUACAGAAUAAAUCAAUUUAAAAAAAACUACACCAUCUAAAUAGAGGGAGUUCUCCCGGCGAGGGGAAGGAGCGCAGGCAGAUCCCACAGGUUUCGGUUUAGCCUGGAGUAUCCUUGCUGAAGAUGAGUGGGCCCUCAGAUGCCAACAAAGAGUUUAUGGAGCAGCUCCGGCAGCAGGAGCUGUACGGUCAGAAAGCUGCGGCCGGCCCUGACCCCUACACCUACACCGACCCAGAGGAUGGGACUCUGUACGACUGGGACCCUGAAAAGAAGGCCUGGUUCCCUAAAAUAACAGAGGACUUCAUCGCAGCCUACCAGGCCAACUACGGCUUCACUAAUGAUGGAGAACAGGAUCCAAACGUUGCUGCAGUGAGCGGCACUGGUCCAGACGCCCCUAAACCAGACAGCAAGUCCUCAGAAAAGAAGAAAGCAGGAGACGCCACUCAGAAACUGACUCCAGACGAGAAGGACGCUGCAGCCAAGGAGAAAGGGGAGAAGAGGAAAGCAGAGGCAGGAUGGUUUGAUAUUGAUGACAACAAAAACACCAACGUGUAUGUGUCAGGUCUGCCCCCGGACAUCAGCAACGAAGAGUUCGCCGAACUAAUGACUAAGUGUGGAAUUGUGAUGCGGGAUCCCAUUACUGAGGAGUUCAAGGUCAAACUCUACAAGGACAAAGAAGGGAAUCUGAAGGGAGACGGCCUCUGCUGCUACCUCAAGAAGGAGUCGGUGGCAUUGGCUUUGCGUCUGAUUGACGAGUCCGAGGUCAGAGGUUACCGACUCCACGUGGAAGCGGCCCAGUUCGAGCUGAAGGGCCAGUACGACGCCAGUAAGAAGAAGAAGAAGAACAAAGAUUAUAAGAAAAAGAUGCAGCAGCAACAGAAACAGUUGGACUGGAGGCCAGAGAAGAAAGGAGAAUUGAGAAAGAGACAUGAAAAAGUCGUCAUCAUCAGGAACAUGUUCCAUCCCAGCGACUUUGAGGAAGAUCCACUGGUGCUGAAUGAGUAUCGUGACGAUCUGCGGUCUGAGUGUGAGAAGUUCGGGGAGGUGAAGAAGGUCAUCCUCUUUGACAGACACCCAGAUGGCGUCGCAUCAAUCGCGUUCAAGGAGCCCGAACAAGCCGAUGCAUGUAUUCUGUCGUUCAAUGGUCGCUGGUUUGGAGGAAAGCAGCUGUCUGCCGAGCUUUGGGACGGAACGACAGACUAUCAGGUGGAAGAGACGGCACGAGAGCGAGAGGAGCGACUGAAGGGCUGGUCAACUUUCCUGGAGACGGACGAUCAAGGCAAGAAGAUCCCCAAACCUGCAGAGACGGACACUGCCACAGAACCUACAGGGCCCACCGACCCAGCAGAGCCCAAACCUCACCCGGAGACAGCAGAGCCCAAACAGCAUCCGGAGACAGCAGAGCCCAAACAGCACCCGGAGACAGCAGAGCCCAAACAGCACCAGGAGACAAAACCACAGCCGGAGCAGGACCUGGACUCCACAGACAGCAGCAUGGAAGGAAGCGACGAGGAAGCUUAGUUAUUCACAUUCACAACUUUGGUCUCCAUGGCAGCCAAGUAGGACAGUUGAGCUUGAGUGGACUGCUGAACAGGUCUGUGUUGAUCGGGGGAGGAGCGAUUUGGACUGUAUGAGCUGUUUUGUUAUGUAGAAUAAUAAAAUACUGAUUUUUCUCCUGUUA